AUGGCACAAACGAGUCUACCUCCAGGAUUUAGGUUCCAUCCAACGGACGAGGAGCUUGUGGCUUACUAUCUGGAUAGGAAAAUCAAUGGUGGAAAUAUCGAGCUUGACAUCAUCCCAGAAGUUGAUCUCUACAAAUGUGAACCUUGGGAUUUACCUGAUAAGUCUUUCUUGCGAAGUAAAGAUAUGGAAUGGUACUUUUAUAGCCCCCGGGAUCGGAAAUACCCAAACGGAUCGAGGACGAACCGGGCCACCCGGGAAGGAUACUGGAAAGCUACUGGAAAAGACCGGAAAGUGCAGUCUCAGAAACGAGCUGUUGGCAUGAAGAAGACACUGGUUUAUUACAGAGGGAGAGCGCCUCAUGGCAUCAGAACCGACUGGGUAAUGCACGAGUAUCGACUCAAUGAGUCCGCCUGUGGCCCUGCAUCAAGUUUAAAGGAUUCUUGUGCAUUAUGCCGGGUUUUCAAGAAAAACAUAUAUAUACCCAAAAUGAAAAAUAAUGAACACGGAAGGGCUUCGAUGAAGGAGAACGACGAGCAAUUUACAAGGGAUGACACCAGCGGCACGGAAAAUUCUCUUGAGAGAGAAGCCAAUAGCGAAAAUGCCCUGAAAAACUCCGAAUAUUAUUCCAAAUUACCAUUAUUGGCAUCCUCUUCAGAUCUCACUCAAGGGACACCAAUUGCUACACGUUCAAACUAUAAUUCUCAAGCUCAGAUUGCAUUAGAUGAAGUAAACAGUUCAAAUGAUUUUUAUUCUUUCGACCCUGGAGACCUGUCAAGUUUCAUUCAGGAUGUUGGAAUUCCAAAUUACAUAGGAAUAUUUCGUGAAACUCCCUAUAUUCCUUUAGAUUUGGAAGAUUUCCCAGAAAUAAAUUUUCCUGAUAUCACGACGUUGUCCAAAUCUGAAACACUUGGCGAAUUCGACAGGUACAAGGAGUACCUAGAUGGAUUCACGGCCUUAGGAGAAGUUCAUUCUUUAUGUUCUACGCGCGAGAACUCGAGUAAUUCAAAUUUUAUGUGUUAA